CAGACCACAGACAGGAGUAAUAGUGUUCUGUGCCACAGACCAAGUAGAGAUGCUACGUGACAGGCGAAUAAUAGGGUCUGAUCCUGAUCAGAGCAGCGCAGCGUCAGCAAUAAGCGCGGUCUCACAGGGGGAUAUUCAAGUUUCUUGGUACCUUAGAUAGAGAUAUUACAACUAUCAAUCAUUUGUUAAUCAUGGUUUAGGUUUAAAACAAAAAUCGACCUUAUUAUUAAUGCACUGUGAUCGUUAUUUGAAGCGUGCAAGCGUGAAUACCGUGUAGGUGGUAAUACCUAUGGGUAAUACUGACAACACACCAUAGACAAAAGAUAUUCACAACGAAGUUUAGAAAAUACGACCACAAAGACCAGACCAUAUUAUUCCAGUCAAAGACCUUGUACAGAAUAUUGCGAUUUUACUUGGAUUUUACCUUUACCAUCAAAAAUUAAAUUUUCAAUUAGGUACCUACGUUCUGUGUGGUGUCGUUAUAGUGUGUAAUGUUAAUUAUGUAAUACCCACCAAUUAAAAAAAUGACUUUCCCCAAAAUAAUGUUAUGAAGGGUUAUGUUUAGGUACUUAUAGAAAAUAAAGAGAAUUGUUAAACGUUCAAUAAAAGCGUCAUGUUUUGUGUUGCGUGUUUAUCCCGUGCUACAAGAGCGGCCAGAGGAAUGCGGGCGCGGUGCUCGGGCGCUGGCGACGGAGAGCGCACGCGGGCUCCAGCCGGGCUCGCCGCCAGGGACAGCCCGCUGCGCAACUUGCUGGAUGACGCGAGCGCCUUUGGAGAGGCUCGCCCGGAGGACGCGGAGCUGCAGUGGGCGACGUUACCGUAUGCGGCGGCGCCGAGCGAGCGCCAGGCGGCAUUGCGUGUGGAUCCGCGCGAGACCACCGUGCUGCUGUUUCCGGGGCAAGGCGCCGAGCACGUGGGCAUGGGCCGCCAGCUGAAGGAUGUGCCCGCCGCCAGACAACUUUAUGAUCUGGCAUCUGAAGUGUUAGGGUGGGACGUGUGGCGCGUGUGCACGGAGGGCCCGGCCGCGGAGCUGGCGCGGCGCGUGCAGCCGUGCGUGCUGGUGACGUCACUGGCGGCGCUGGAGCGCGCGCGCGACGAGCGGCCCGGCGCCGUGGCGGGCGCGCGCGCCGCCGCCGGCUUCUCGCUGGGCGAGCUGGCCGCGCUCGUGGCGGCGGGCGCGCUGCGGCUGGAGGACGCGCUGCGCUUCGCCGAGCUGCGCGCCGCGGCCAUGGCGGCGGCGGCGGCCGAGCGGCCCGGCGGCAUGCUCACCGUGUGGCUGGCGCCCGACGCCGAGCUGCCGCACGCGCUGCUGCGCGCGCGCGAGCACGCGGCCGAGCGCGGCGUGGCGGGCGCCGUGUGCGCCGUGGCCAACUACCUGUUCCCCGGCUGCAAGGUGGUGGCGGGCGACGAGGCGGCGCUGGCGUGGCUGGAGCGCGAGGGCGCGCGCUUCGGCGUGCGGCGCGCGGCGCGCGUGCGCGUGGCGGGCGCGUUCCACUGCGCGCUCAUGGAGCGCACGCGGGCGCCGCUGGCCGCCGCGCUGCGGGCGCUGGACGUGCGCGCGCCGCGCCUGGCCGUGUGGGCGUGCACGGAGGCGGCGCGCUACGCGGACGCGGGCCACGUGCGGCGCGGCCUGGCGCGGCUGGCGGCGCGGCCCGUGCGCUGGGAGCAGACGCUGCAGGCGCUGUACGCGCGGCCGCGCGGGCUGGCGCCGCCGCGCACGCUGGCGCUGGGCCCGGGCGCGGCGCUGCGCUCCACGCUGCGGCACGUCAACGCGCGCGCCUGGGACAGCUCGCUGCAGGUGCACGUGUGACGUGGACGCCUGCUAUUGAUGACCCACUACGAAGAAUAUAUUUUAUGAUGACAAUAUUUUUAUUAGUAAAAGAGAACUCGUAUUUUGAGGACACAAAAAGAAAUACAAAUGUAAGUAAAUAUACUUAUUAUUCUUAACAGACUUCAAAAAAGAAGGAGGUUAUCGAUUUAACCCGUUUGUAUCGGCUUCUAAACACGUGUGUUUGAGGUCGUUAAUAGCAUAAGUAAUAUCAUUACUAAUGGUGUGAGAAAAUUGCAAAACAGUCGAGGGCCUGUCGGACACAAACCGACUUCAAAAUCAGUAAAAUAAAAAGUAAGAAAUAAUACAUACAUAACUCACGCCUAUUUCCCACUGGAGUAAGCACACUUUGGAAUUCCAUUUGCUUUGAUCCUGAUAUAAGAAAUAAUAUUUUGUUGAAUACAAUGUUAAAAUCUAAAUUCUGAAGUCGGCGCAAAUAGAAUGACGGUCGAACUGCAUGUUCACCCUCCCUAUAGCGUUGUCAUAAGUAAAAUAACCAUAGUGAAGCAUUUUCAGGCUUUGCAAGUAAGUGAUGCGUUUGUUUUAAUAAGUGAAUGGUGAAGGUUAUGGUUGCUCUGACUUCAGAAUUUUGAUUCUAACAUUAUAUUCAACAAAAUAUAAUUUCUUCUUUUUUAUUGGCAGAUUUUGAAGUAACUUUAAUUUUUACUUUUAUAUUGUUUCUUCCUAUGACGUAUAAUUGGGUUGUGUACAAGGUUCCGGAUAAAUUAUAAAAAUCUGACUAUGUACUAAAUAAAGACAGAUCUAAAACUAACAAAAAACAUUUUCUUCUUUCUAUUUGAAUGAAUGAAUGAAAUAUUUUAUUUUCAGAUAUUUAUCCAUAUUUUGUUAGUAAUAGAAUAUUAUAUCUAAGUUAGUAAAAUUUAUAAUUUUCAUUGGAUUUCACGUGCAUGUAAUUACAUCCAGUGAGUGAGGAUGGGACUGUCCAUCCUUUGUGAGACCACCUUCAGGAGACUGUUGCUGUUGCCCCGCACUCGCUCCCACAGAGAAGCCACACGCUUGCGUAGAACAGCCUGGAAGCCAUCAGUGCUUCAAGAGGCGAACAUCCCCGAGCCACUGCAGCGCCAGGGCAGCCCCAACAACCCCCUGAAGGCGUUAUUAUAUUGAACGCGCAGAGCACUGAAGGUCUUUUUGGUGUAAUUGCUCCAAAGGUUGCAUGUGUAUAAACUCUGGCAAUAGCUUUUGAACAGGGUAACCUUCACCUCGUAAGAACAUCGUGCAAACCUACGUGCUAGCAUAUUACCCCUGAUAGACAGUGCUCUGUGUUAUCCAAGUCUACAUCGUCCUUUAGAGUAUCCGUGACCCAGUGACCCAAAUAUUUAAAUUGCUGAACAACUUCAAAAGGAGACCCGCUUAGAGUUAUUGCAGGAAUUGAGUACCUUUUAACGCCAGAUUUGAACAAUAAUAUCUCACUCUUUUUUACAUUAUAUUUGAGUCCAUGAGCCACAGCAUACCUUUCACAAAUUGCUAUCAGUAGCUUUAGAGCAUUGACUGAGGGGCUCAGCAGCACCAUGUCAUCGGCAUAGCUGAUGUUGUUAACAAAACAGCCAUAUUUAACUUAAAUAUAUUUUAAUCAAGAAAAAACAUAGAUCAAUAUCAACACGGUUUGGCUUGGUAUGACGGUGCCUGUACAGAAUCAUAAAAUACUUUAGGUUUAAAAAUGUAAUGUUUUGUUUAAAUAGUCAAAGUGUGAUGUGCCCCAUUGAAAUGUUUCUAAUUUUAAAUUAAUAUAAAAAUACCAACACACACUAAAAUGAAUAAAAAUAUCAACGUCAAAAAUAAGUAUAAUUUCCAAAGGGGCAGGCCCCUUUGGAAAUUAUACUUAUUUUACUGCUUUACUGACUCGACUAUAAUAGGUCCAAUCAUAGGUAAAUAAUACAUUUUAGAUUUUAAUAACGAUUUUUUUAUUUAUAUUUUGUUCUUGUGCCAUAAAAUACUCAACAUACACAACAUGAUUUAAUAAACUCUCCUUAUAAUUUAACAAAAAUCAAUAGAAGUAUAUUUAUAAACAAGUUAAACUAUUUAUUUUACAAAGGAAACAUUUGUUCAUUAUUAAAUAAACAAAAUGUUUUUGCUUUAAUACCGACAUGGUAGAAUGGACCAUUUUUUUGUUCACUGUCACCAACAUUGCACGGACGGAAUUGGAUCCCAUGAUUCCAGAUAUAUUCCAUUGAUCCCAAAUUUAUACAAUGUGAAAUCGUAUUUUUAUCAGCAAUACCUAUCAAAGCAACUAUAUUGCUUUUUUCUCCAUCUUCAAAUAGGAUAUUAACAGAAUAAUAGUUUAACUAAAAGUUAAAGUUAGUAAAAGCCUCAAGCGUGUCAAUGUGUAAAGAACUCCAGUUUUAACAAAUUAUUUCCUUUGGUUACGGACCUUACAAAUGCGGACAAAUGUCCACUUGAACGGCUUGAAGCUGCGCAUGGACACAUAUACUACACACUAGAGAUGAAACGGAUAUCAGAGAGCCGAGCUAGAUUUACCUCGUAAUUACGCGGUAAGGUAGCACAUGGUCAAAAUAAAAUUUUGAUGCGACCUAAUUUAAAACGAAAGAACUGUUUAAGCCGAAAUAAACCAUGCACUGGCGGCGCGCUGGCCUUGAAGACAUAGCAUUGUCUCUUUCAUGUGCAAGUAAAAAAGACUGUAAUGUUUUCUUCUAACGUUGGGUGAAUAAUGAUAGUUUGGAAUACCUACAUAGUUAAGUUUUCGGGUACUAGUUAAUAUAUAUACCUAGUUACCAUUGAUUUUUCUAUAAACUACCUAAUUUAUUUUGAGUUUAUUUGCGAAUCAAACUGCAACAUUGUUUUAAAUCGGUCGUAUUACAUGUAAUCUGCCCGAACGGGUCCCGUCGAUUGAGGAAACAUCUAUUCAGCUUUGUUACUCUACAUGGAGUUUCAAACACGUUUGCCGCAUUUCAUAGGUGUAUGUAUGUAUGUUUGUUCAUGCAUUUCUCAGAGACUACCAAUAAGGGACUUUUUAGGCUAUGUUGCCCAAAAAUAAUAUAGAUGGCGCUAUCUAGAUUUGUAUUUUGCUGUAUUUACCUUUGUUCCUUCUGUGCAUUAAAAUGUUAUUAUUGUU